AUGUUCGAUUUGAUAGCAGAAAGACAAGUUCAUUCAAUGAAACGAAGACUAUUUCAUACAAUUCUUCAACAAGAUAUGAUUUAUUUCGAUCAUCAUAAAACUGGCGAGCUGGACUCACUUCUAACCACUGAUAUGACUAAAAUUCAUGCUGGCAUCGGCAAUAAAUUCGGUUUACUUAUGAACACACUCUCAGCUAUAAUCUGCAGUUUAAUUCUUUGUUUCACCCUUGACUGGAACUUAACAUUGAUUUUCCUAUCAGCACCAACUUCACUUGUACUUGCACCUAUUGUCGUUACAAAAUUGAUUGCAAAGUUCAUGGCAAUAGAACUUACGGCAUGUAAAGAAGCUGGAGCAAUCGCAGAGGAAGUUCUCAGUUCAAUUCGAACGGUUUUCUCUUACAACGGACAAAAAAAAAAGAAAUGCAACGGCUUUUGGUAUGGAAAUAAACGCAUCCGAGAAGGCGGCGUCACUCUUGCAAAUAUAUGUACGACUUUUGCGACUCUUUCAACUUGCAUCUUUUCUAUUAAAACUGUUGGCCCAUAUUUUCAAGCAGUUGUUGAAGCACUAGCUGCUGCUUCAAACAUUGAGAAGACGAUCAAUGAAUCGAGGAGAAAUGAGACACAAAAAGUUGGCAAGCAAUCAAGUAAUCUCGUCGGUGAUAUUGAUUUUGUCAAUGUCUUUUUUUCUUAUCCAACUCGACGAAACGUGGCAGCUUUGAACAAUCUGUCAUUUCAGGUCAAAUGCGGUCAAACCGUUGCUGUUGUAGGAUCGUCUGGAUCAGGAAAGUCAACAUGUGUACAAUUACUGCAGAAUUUCUAUGAAGUAGAUUUAGGUGAGAUACUUAUCGAUGGCAUACAAAUCAAUGAAUAUGAUCGCAGAUGGCUACGACAACAAAUCGGUGUUGUUAGCCAAGAGCCUGUUCUGUUUCAUACAACUAUUCGAGAAAAUAUUCUUUUUGGAAUUGAUUCAGCUACUAAUGAAGAAAUUUAUCAAGCAGCUAAAGUAGCAAAUGCACAUGAUUUUAUAAUGUGUUUACCAGAUAAAUAUGAGACUCAAGUUGGAGAACGUGGAGCAGCGUUAUCAGGUGGACAAAAACAAAGAAUCGCCAUUGCUAGAGCACUUCUUCGAAAUCCCAAAAUCUUACUUCUCGACGAAGGUAUGUCUAGUCAUAUAAUUGAUGAUAGUAGCCUCUGGUAUACCAUCAUAGCGACAAGUGCACUUGAUAAUGAAAGUGAAACGAUUGUUCAAGAUGCCCUGGAUCGUGCUGCACAAGGUCGAACAACUAUCAUCAUAGCACAUCGUUUAUCAACGAUUCGUCAUGCUGACCAUAUCAUUGUGCUAAAAAGGGGAGAAAUAACUGAAGAGGGCAACCAUGAAUCAUUAACAAGAGCCAAGGGUGUUUAUUUUGAUCUUGUUCAACAGCAACUCAUCCACCAAGCUGGACAAGAUGAGGAGUUGACAUUUGAACAAGAAGAAAUGAAAAGGCAGUUGCUUUCAGACCAAUCGCAUUUAGACGUAUCGAGAGAGAGGAGUUCAACGGUGAUUAGCACGACACCAUCCAUACUGGACAAACUGUAUAGAAAAGAAAGUACAGUAAUACGUCAGAACGAUGCACAAGUAGAUACCAAAGUUAAAAAUAGGAAGGCAAAACAAAGUAAUCCAAUAAUGGAUAUUCUACGGAUAAGUAAACCGGAAUGGAUAGUCAUGGGUAUUGGGUGUGCUAUGUCGGUGAUUAUUGGUGCAGCAGAUGUAUUUAUUUCCGCUCUACAAACAAAAAUGAUGACGUCCUUUCAAGAAUGCGAUCGUGACAGACAGAAGCGAGCCAUUGUGAAGUAUGCUCUUAUCAUUGUCGGCUGCUCGAUUAUUUAUUCGAUGUGUCAAUUAGCUUGCAUGUUUGCACAUUCUGGAAGCAAGAUUACUCAACGUCUUCGUUCGAAAACGUUUGAUGCUAUCCUCUGUCAAGAUAUUGGAUUUUUCGACGAUGUCAAACACAGUACAGGAGCACUAUGUACUAUCCUGACUACGGAUGUGUCGAUAAUUCAAAAUAUCACCAGUGUUGAAUUGGGCUCUAUUGUACAAAAUUUAGCUCUUUUCGUCACGUGUACUAUUACUGGAUUCGCCUAUUCAUGGCAGUUAGCAUUACUUAACAGCGCGUUCCUUCCCAUCAUCGUUCUUGCAAUUUAUGGACAAAUACAUGUAACAGAACGGUUUGUCAAUCGGCAGAAGAACGUUCUUGAAGAUGCUGGAAAGCUGACUGUAGAAGUCAUACAAAAUAUUCGGACAGUGGUUCAAUUGACCAAAGAGGAACAUUUUUACAACGAAUAUUGUCGAUUACUUGCCAUUCUCUACAAAUCAUCACAGAAACAAAUACAUAUAACAAGUCUACUAUCUUCGCUAAUGCUCACAUCGUCUAUGUUUUCUGCAGCAGCCAUAUAUUCUCUCGGUGUCACACUUGUUAAUGACAAUAUCAUAACGGAUUUAACCGCAGUUCUGUUUAUGCAAUUCCUGAUAUUCAUGAGCCAAGCAGCUCUUUAUGCCUUUGUAUCAGUUCCAAAUUAUGGCAAAAGUAUCAGAUCUGCUAGAAAUAUAUUCAACCUAAUAAAGCGAAAGCCUACAAUCAAGAAUCAGUCUAAUGAUGGAGAUAAAAUCUCAAACUACACUGGUCAACUAGGCUUUAAAGAUGUUUAUUUUGUAUAUCCGACUCGAACAGAAUCAAUCGUGCUGAAAAAAUUUAAUUUCACUAUUGAAUCAGGCCAAACAGUCGCACUUGUCGGCUCCUCGGGUUCCGGUAAAUCGACAGCAAUUCAGUUAAUUGAACGGUUUUAUGACCCAACUAUUGGUCAAAUACUUAUUGAUUCACAAGAUAUUCGAAGUCUUAAUUUGCAAUGGUAUCGAUCACAAAUUGGAAUUGUUUCACAAGAGCUCGUCCUUCUCAACAUAUCUAUUCGUGAAAAUAUUGCGUAUGGUGAUAACAAUCGCAAAGAUAUUCCACUGGAUGAAAUCAUUGAAGUAGCCAAAACUGCCAACACUCACGAUUUUAUUCAACUGCUUCCCGAUGCAUAUGAAACAAUUUGUGGUGCGAAAGGUCUUCGCUUAUCGGGUGGACAGAAACAAUGA